AUGCCAAAACAGUUAGAGAUGGUUUAUUUAAUGAAAGUAGUGAUGGGUUUAUUCACAAAAGGCGAUUUGUUCAAUUUUCUCCAAAUCUCGCACAAAUGCCUUUCGACAUUACAAGCUUUAAAGGUGAACCCUAUAGUGACGAAUGAACCUUCUCUACUGUGGUUCACUAAACAUUUUACCCCCGAUACAAUGGACUUGGGGUUUCUCGAUUACAACAACGUGGAUCUUUUCUAUAUUUGUAACCAAGUGAGAAACGUGAAUUUCUGCCAAUUAUUUAAGACGGGGCUGAUGGACGAAGAUUUUGCACGGAAUGUAUUUCCGAAAGUGACGCGAAUGGUUUUAUUUAAAUUAAACGAAUGGGAUGAAGAUAUGGAACUCUAUAAAAACACAGCGCAGUUUAUUAUUAAAAAUGCGAAAUAUUUUACUUCGCUGUAUUACUUGCAAACAGACUUGGACUAUCUCAUUGAGUUUCUGGAGAUAUACACUGAAAAUGGGAAAGAGAUGUAUCAACGUCUUCCACAGUUAAUUCAUGUCAAUUCGGAGAAUUCAUUUAACAUCCAACUUGACAAUAAUAUGAUUACAAAAUUGGAGAAGUUGGAAAGCCUCAUACCAGACAAUCAGAGGAGCGAUAUUUAUAUUGAAGUGUCUCGGCACCCAACAGAUGAAAAAGUGUUAAAUACAUUUAGGAAAAUGAAAUACGUCUAUUUUGUGUGCACUGACGCCAUGUGCGAGAAGUGGAAAAACAAUUUUAAAUGUGACGGUGGGGAAGUCUUUGUGGAAGGAUCCUCGAUGGGCGCAAAUGUUAAUGAAGUUAUAGAACGUGCGUAUGCCACAAAAGUGUCAUUUCUUUAUUCCAAUAAAAAACAAGAAGAGAGAUGGAUGAUACCAAAGUGUGUGAACACAUUAGUCGUGAGUACUGCAGGCUUUGUCAAUGAAGAUCUUGAAAGAUCUCUCAAACUCGACAUUGAUUUUUCGUGUAUUUGUUCGCUUCGAAUUUGUAAUUGUAACAACGUGGAAUUUGAUAACGAGUUUAAAGUGAUGGAAGAGAUGUCGAUUGAAGAUAGUUGUAUUAUCACGUUUAAUGAGGAAUGUCAUAUGAAGAAACUUUUAAUGUUUUAUAUGUGGAACUCAAAUAAUAUCAAAUUUUUGAAUAAGAAUGUUGCGCUCCAAAAGGUGUCGAUUUUUUCAUCGAGUCAAAUUGAAUUUUCGGAAGAAAUUGAAGAGCUGCAAACCCUUGUUGUUGUGAAGUCACAAAAUAUCAAAUUUCUAGAAAUUAAUUUGAACGGAAAAGUUGCGACUUUUAAUCAAAGCGAAGGUAUCACUUUUAACGGAAUUGACUGCGAUGAAUAUUUCCAGAAGUAUUCCGAUAUACAGAAUGAAGAAAACACUCCAAAUAUAGUUGAAUUUCCAAUUCAAAUGAAAGAAGAAAACGAGUGGAAAAUGCACAAAUUCAUUUCGACGAGUCAGAGAGUUGUUAUUCAAGGGAAUGAAAUAGUGAGAAGAAAAGAAGUUUCAGAUGAAGAGUACGACGUUCUACUUUCGUUGGAUUUUUUUAAUAAGUCCACAAGUGACAACAAAAUGCGUUAUAUUGAUCUGCAACAACCAAAUACAAUUAAUUCGAUUGAAAAAGUUGCGUACUUUGAAAUUGCAGUUACGGGAUUUAGUUGGUGUAGUGUUGGUCUUCUUGACACGAAUGAAUGUGAGGAGUACAGAGAUUCACAAAUUGGAUGGUUGGAAGGGAGUAUUGGAUUUCAUAGUGAUGAUGGUACUAUCUAUAUUGGAACGGGAACAGGAGAUUUUGAGACUAACAUCCAAUACGGCGAGAAAGCAGGUGAGACAAAUAUCAUUGGUGUCGGUGUUGAGAAAAUCACAGAAAAUAAUAGAAAUACAGUCUUCUUCACUUGUAACGGAAAUAUCGUAUUUCAAACUCAUUUCGACGCGAAUCAUAUUGAUGCUGCUAUAGGUUUGAAUAUUUUUAAUAAAAUCACAAUCAACUACGGAGAAACACCUUUCAAAUUUGAUUUGAAUAAAUUGAAAAAGGAAAAGAGUGGCUGGAAGUGUUUGUUAAUGUAA